CAGCAGAACGAGAUUUCCCAUGUCUGCAGAUACCUAGUAGAUUCUUUUCCACAUUGCGUGUCAGACUACAAUUGAUUCAGGACAUCUUUGAAUUUAACCUGAGUUUAAGUUAAAUUGUUUCGAUAACGGUGUUUCCAACCAACUUUAGGUUGUUGAUGCAGCCAGAAGAAAUGGAGAAUACAUUCAGCCAGUGCAAGUCACUACAUCUCAGCAGAGUUGAUCUUAGCCGUAAAGGUAGCAUAGAUGAUGAUAUCUACCCAGUUGUUUCCCUUCUGAACAACUCACCCAACUACUUCACCACAAGUUCAUGUUCGGGGAGAGUUAUUGUGAUAGAUGGGCUUUCAGAGACGUCGGAAAUCCAAAAGCAGAAUUGUUCUUGGCUGUUCGUAACCCAUCAAAAAUGUAGCGAGGAGGAUGUGAUUUCAGGAUUACGGAAUUCAAGAGGAUCUGCUGUGUUUAAAUUUGAACCAUUUGUACUUCAUGUGCAAUGCAAAGACAUCACAAGUGCAAGACUCUUGCUCUCUGUGGCAGUUCAGUCUGGCUUCAGAAAUUCCGGUGUGUCAAUUGGGAAGAGAGACAAAAUCAUACUGGCUGUUCGCAGUACUCACUGCCUUGAAGUUCCACUCAGCCACACGGGAGAAAUCAUGGUGAAUGAAAAGUAUAUCCACUUUCUAGUGCAAGCUGCAAAUCAGAAAAUGACUGAGAAUCUUCAUAGAAUAAAAAGGUUUUAUGCUGGUGUGCAGGCUGCUCUUCAAUCGGACGAAUCUUCAUGUACAACAAAUCUAAAUCACCCAAGCAAGAAAAGGCAUUGCAAGCAGGCAUCAGAAAAGAAGCAGGAUUCAAUGAUUGAACAGAAUAGAUUUCCCUCAAACAAGUUAGGAGAUCCUGAAGAUUACUUUGAAGAUGGAUUGGCAUUAUUUUCAUGAAUUUGGUUUGUACAUUAAGAGUCAACAUCCAUGUUUCCCCUAUUGUAUGACAUUACAGUUGUAUAACAGAAUGAAAUUCUUGUUUAAAAAAAAAAAAACUAAAUUAAACUCUAAAUAUGUAUAGUGUCUACGUGUAAGUGAUGGGGGAGGCUCAAGUUUUGUUCAUCACUCAUCAACUGUAGUGUGAUAUCUGUAUAUCUGAUAUAAUUUUUGGAAACUUACAUCUUCAUAUUGGCCUGAAUAUAAGAAGAAGGUCUUUGUACUGUACGUAAUGCAGAUGCCUGUGUUGCAGAGUUCAUUACACCUUUAUGUAGCACAUUCGAAAAAAAAUGUAUUGGUUGUGUCACAACUCUCUACUCUACUCUUCAAUAUUUUUGUGAACCGUCAAGUAGGGCAUCAUGAGCCACACAUGGCCAACGGGCCGCACAAUGUGGAACUGUUAUAAAGGGGGUCUAAGCAAUAAGAAUUGUAUGUGUAAAUACAAAUAUGUAAAAUAUGUAAAAUAAAUACUUUUAUUUCUA